AUGAUAACUAAUCCUGGAAUUGUAAGAUCAAAAUUAUUAGAAAGUAAAUCUACACAUACUCCUUAUACUUAAUCUACAUUUCAUAGUCCGAGCAAUUCGAGAACAUUGUAAACAAAAGUAAUUAUAAUAGAGGAUUCUUUAAUAAAGAAUAAAAAAAAAUACAGGAUUCAAAUAAAUUAUAACCAUUCUCUGUUGAAAAGUAAAGUCAUUCAGCUACUUCAUCUUGUCAUACUUUUAUGACUCAAUUAGAGAGUGUUUAAUAACAAAAUAGGGCAGUUAAAUUUGGAAAAAUAAAAAGCAGAAAAUAAGUGACAUUAUUUAACAAUGAGGAUUUUAUAUCAGAAGACAUUCUUGAAUUGUACAAUGAAUAUGAGAAAAAUUAUUCUACUUUAAACAAGAUAGAUAAAUUUAUUGACAUAUAAAUAUCCUAAGCAAAUUAACCAUAAUUUACAAUUAAUACUUAAGAGUUUUUAGUUAUCAGUGAUGAGAAAUUAAAAUUAAAUGAUUUAAACAAAUUGAAUAAAGUCAAAAUACAGAGAUUUAAAUUCUAUUAUUUUAGAAUAAAAACAAAAGCCAGACCUUCACCAAUUUAAAUAGUUCUAAAUUGUCCAGAUAGAGUAUAAAGUUCAAAUAUAAGAAUGUUUAUAUCAUCAAAAGCAGAAUUUCCUACUAAAUUUAAUUCUGAAUAAAUAAUUUAAGCUAAAAAUGCUAAAAUGUAUGCUGAUCAUAAUCAACCUUAUUUUUCAAAGGAAUAUUUAUAUAUAACAAUAUACUCAGACAUAGAUUUUGAAGUAAUAAUUGAUAUAAUCUUUGGAAAUCCAAUAUAGAAGAUUGUACCUCGUAAAUAAUAAAUUGAAGAGGAUCUUUUAGAUAUUCGUCCAUAAACACAAAGGGUUAUUAGAAAAGAUAAAAUAAUAUACAAUUUAGAUAUGAAAUAAUAUUUAUAAAAGAUGAGAAAUCUUGAAUAGAAUAAGGUAAAUAUUGUAAUAAUGAAAGUUAGAAAGAGAGUAAAAGUAACAAUAAGUUUCAAUGAAUAAAAAAGUAAUUUAAGAGGAAAAAUAAGUUGAUAAAGUAUGCAAAGUAUUAGCUAGAGAAUCAAUAAAUCAUUAUAGAGAAAUAGAGAAAUUAGUAAAACAAAGGAGAGAAUAAACGAGAAUGUUUUAAUUUUCUUGGUGUUAAAUAGUUAGUUUAUUUGAUUUUUGCAAGGAAGUGAAAACAAAAUUAGAAGUAUGUAAGAAAUUAAUAAUAGGAUAUAAAACGACAUAAAAAAGCAUAAGCAAAAGGUAAGUUAUUGGUUUGGUAAUUAAAAACAAUGGCAUUAAUGAAGGUUUAAAUAUAUGGAUAAACUCCGAAAGAGAGAACAAUAUUUAAAUCAAAAUUGAUAUUAUAAUCAUAUGCUGUUUUGAUAAAAAAGAAAACAAAGUUAUUAGCCGAAGAGGUUAUUACUCGUUUUAUUAAAAAGAUGUUAUUAUAUCUUACAACUUUAAAUAAAUAAUAAAGUCUAAUAAAGAAAGGUAUUUAGAUAUAAAAUAAUUUAAGUAAAAACAAUAUAGAGAAAGUUUAGAAGUUUAAAAUUGAAAAGAAGAAUGUUUAGAGACAAAUUUUGGAAAUUUAUAAAAGAGAAUAUUAGCAAUAUUGUAUAUUAAUUAAGAAGAUAGAAAGAUGUAAGAAAUUUGUUUAGUGAUGGAAAAAAGCCUACAAUAAUAAUAGAUGUGUAAAUAAUAGAUAUUCAUUUAGACCUUUGAUGCAGAGUUUGAUUGAUGAUUAUUGUGAGAAAGCAAGAGCUAGAUGGAUGAAUUAUAUAAAUAGAACAUUUAAAGAAAAGAAUAGAUCUAAGGUAAUUUAUAAAUAAUAAUAAAUUAGAAAAUUUAAAAUGUAGCAUUAAAUUUCACAGAACCAAAAUUAUAUGACAUGCCAAAUGAAUACGAAUUAACUUAAUUAAUUGAUCAAUAUGCAAAAAUAAAAAAAUUAUAUUGA